AUGGAGAUGCAGAAGAUGAGCCGUCGGCGCAGUUGUAGCCGCAGCUGGGCCAGCGUAGCGGCGCCGUUGAUCAUCUUUUGGUACUGCGCUUAUUGUGCCACUGCAGCGGCUGCGGCGGUGGCAAUGGCGGCCACAGGUGGAGGAGGGGCGGAGCAUCAGCUCGGCGACGCCAAGUACAAGGACCCGAAGCAAGCGCUGAACACGAGGAUUGACGACCUGCUGCGGCGGAUGACCCUCGCCGAGAAGAUUUGGCCAGAUGUCGCAGAUUGA